AUGUCGCUAGCCUCAACUUGCAGAACUUAUGGUCAAAAUGAGACGUUAAUUUCGUCCAUUCGUAAUAUUAUUAAGGAUUAUCCCUGCGAGAGCAUAUUUAGAGAAUUCCUUCAAAAUGCUGAUGACGCCGGAGCUACUCGGUUUCAUAUCAUCAUCGACGGCCGCUCGCAUCCCUCCAACUCUUUACUUUGCAGUGGAUUAAAGGAAUGGCAGGGCCCCGCUAUCUUGAUAUUCAAUAAUGCAAGGUUCAAGGAAUCCGAUUUUGAAUCGCUCAUGCAAAUCCGCGUUGGCGGAAAACAAGAUGACGAUACAAAGAUUGGGAAACAUGGAGUAGGUUUCAAUUCAUGCUACCAUUUUACCGAUGUUCCGAGUUUCAUUAGCGGAGAUUUUAUUGCAUUUUUGGAUCCUCAAGAAAAGUAUUUAAACAAACGUGGUACUAUCGGUUCACUUCCAAGGAAUGGUAUAUCAGAAUUCACUGAACAGGACCAAUUGGUUCCUUUUAAGGACAUCGAGGGCAUAGAUUUUCGUUCGACUUUCGAGGGGACACUCUUUCGAAUACCACUUCGGAAAAAAAAAAGUGACAUAUCCGACAGAAUUUUUUCUGUAAAUCAGAUCCUCGAAUUAUUCACUAAAAUUAAAUCGAGUAUUCCCUCCCAAUUUUUGUUCCUUCGAAAUGUCGAAACUAUUGAAAUUUCCCAAAUAUCUGAAGCUACGGUUCCGUUUCAAAUAAAACCACUUUGUAAAGUAACUAUGAAGGGAUUGGAUGAAACCGUGCGAAAUAAAAGAAAAUGUGAAAACAUCACCAACGACGAAUUUCAUAUUUUUCAGAUAAAGACUAAACUAAUUGAUAAUGGAGAUAUAAACAACAAACAGUACAACCGUUGGAUUAUCGUUAUUGGAGCCCAACGUGAUCCUGAAGAUCCUGAGCUAAGGCAAUAUGCGCGACGAUAUCGAUUACGCUUAUUGGGCGGCGUUGCAGCACCACUUGAUAAUCCAAAAGACUUUAAAGGUAGAAUGUACUCUUUUCUUUCAUUGCCUGAUACCACAAAUCUGCCUGUUCAUCUUAACGGAACUUGGGCCCAUGGCUCAGAUCGUGCAACGUUACUGAUCGAAAAAAAUGACAUACCGGACUUGGAUCAUCUGAAACUUAAUUGGAACAGGCAUAUUCUGCUAGAUUUCUUGCCAAGACUUCAUUGCAAGCUACUAUUAGAAGCUUUCAAAUUAAAAAUUAACGAUACUAUCUCAAAGUUUUGGCCUUUUCCGUCCACAAAUAAUCCAAACUACGCAGUUGAAUACGGGUUUAAAGUGCUUAAGCAUAUGUUUCAAAAUGAAAACAUCUUAAUUAACGACGGUAACGUUGAAAACAAUGUAAAUAACCGCGUCGAAAUUUUUUUCAAACAUUUGUCGAUUCAACGAAUCAAAGAACUCCGCACCUUACUACUUCCAAACUGCUAUUUGGGAAUGGUGACAUCGGAUGACAAGUUAAAAUCACUAGUUCGCUUAUUUCCUAUUUGGGAAAAUUACUCGAAUUCAGAUUCGGAAAAGCUUUUAAAACCAGCUUCAUGCGGAUUUCUUUUACAUGAUGAAAUACAAUGGUAUAAAACAAGAACAUCCAUACAUUUUUUUAAAUAUCAUCCACGAUACGACCUUGCAACCUUUCUCAGUCUCGAUGUUUCCUAUCGAGACACCUAUUCGUAUACUUUAGAGGAUGUUGAAUUCCCUAGGGAAUGCAAUGACUCUUAUGUUCGCUUCCUAUUUAGCGUACUCGUUGAUAAUCAAGUUGUUCAAGGAUUAAGAGAUAAACGUUGUUUUCCCAAUUCUUAUACGAAAUGUUUAAAGAAUAUAACCGAUCUAUUCGACCCUAAAAACCAUGUAUUUCGGACCGUAUUUGGUGGAAACAGAAACUCGGACGUCUUUCUUCAUUCCGGUCUAUUAGAACGCGCUGGGAGUUUAUCAAGUAUUGGAUUCAAUGAUCAUAAUACAGUAAAUCAAUCAGCAUUCAAUAAGUGCGCUGAUAAGAUCGAGGAGUUACAAAAUGAGCUGGAACCUCCAACUGACUUAAUCUAUCGAGGCUUUACAUUGGUUGAUCAUCUCUAUAAAAAUAUUAACGUUUUUAACUUAGAAAGCAUCAGAAGAGUUCCAAUUUUCCCAAUUGCUAAAAGCUUGGGUAAACCUCACGACCUAUACUAUCAUCACAAACAAAUUUUUUGUUGCUUGAAAGACGUAAUCCUUCCUCAGUAUAGAGAUGUCGCGUGGAGUCAAAUGCCCUUGAUCGCGGAAAAUGUCAUACCGCCUCCACACGUAAUCCAAAAACAUCCAUCAUUCGGAAAACCAAAUGUUUCUACUGUAGUCAAACAUCUCCGUUUCUUGUAUCAUGUCCUCCGUAUUAAUGAUGAAUGGAAGAACACUUGGGCUGAAAUAUUUAAGCAUAACGUUUUUGAGGUUUAUAAAUGGCUCGAAGAAGAAUCUUUAAAGGAGGAUAUUGGUUUGACUAUUUACAUUCGUUCAAAUGAUCCAUUAUUCCUUAAUUUUAACAUGAAUCAAGAUCCGUUUAACCGCGAUAAUUGGGUUACAGCUAAUGAUUUAGUUUUAAACCGUGAACUGGGUGAAGAGAAAUAUGUUGAUCCAAGACUUGCCAAGUAUCCUACUAUGCUCAAAAAUGCUGGUGUCAAAGAAAUAAAGCCGCCUAAUUUUGAAAUACGGAUCAGACAACACGACCAAUCAAAUAUUAACAGAUUUAGAUCAUUUAAAUUUCUAUUAGAUCAGUCAUCUCCCUUGAACGACAUCACCUUUAGCGUGAAUGGUGAGAAUAUAAAGACAAGUCGGUAUAUGCUUUCUUCAAGCUCGGAAUUCUUUCAUAGGAAAUUUACAGCAGAUCCAACUAGUCCAAUUACGAUCACUGUCGGAGAUAUUCAACCAAACUCUAUGCGCAUCUUAUUACGCUAUCUGUACAGUCAGGAUAUCGACGAUGCAAUUCAUAAUAAAGAUUCGAUUAAUAUUAGGAAUAAUAAGGUUGUGCAUGAUAUUAAUCAAUCCUCAAAUUUAUCGCUAUAUAAAGACCUGCUCAAAUUGGCGGAUGAUUAUGAGUUGGAUCAUUUGAAAGAACAGAUGGAAUUUAGGAUCUCGCGAUUAAUUCAAAUGUCUAAUGCGAAAAUUAUGAAAACUUUUGCAGAAACUUUGAGGGCUGAGCAGCUCAAACAUUAUUGCGAUCAUUAUAUUCGCGAUAAUAGUGGCUUGUAA